AUUUUUAAUGAUCGUUGAAAGCCCAGAUCCUAAUCGUGAUUAAAAUUCGAUUAAUUGAGCAGCCCUACACACAAAUGAAUUAUGAUUAAAUGCAGAGAGGCUCCAAUUAGCUGCCAAGGAGACAGACCAGUGUUGCUUUGCUGCUGAGGUCAGCUGACUUAACAAUAGCACGGUCUAGUCUGGUUUUCUAGUCUGUCUUUUGCUUCACUUCUUUCCUUAUUUAUGCGUCUUUUCAGCCCAUUCUUUAAAGCUACAUGUUGACAUUAAAAUACUAAAAUGUACUUUAAUGUACUGAGACUUUAUCAUAGUUUGCAUUGUAUUUGAUUUAAAUGGAAAAACUAAUGACUUGUUCUUCUAGUGAACUCUUCAUACAGUGAAUUAUGAUUCAAGCUUGCUGAGAAAUAUUUCUAUGUUAGAAGGCUACAGGCUUACUAAUCAUAUUGUAUUUCUUGGGUUAGGGCAAGAUGUUUAAUGGACAAAAUAGUCAUAGUUGUGCAGUUUUUUGCUUUGCUUUUCCUCCUCAAUCAGAUAUUUUGAGUUAAUUCUUUUCAGCUUCAUUUUGAUGUUAAAAUACUCUUCGUUAACAACGUAAUAUUACGAUUUUUUAGCGCAUAUGCAGUGCAUGAUUCCUUCAUGAUAAAAUGCAGUGGUGUUGGUUACAUUUCCAAAACUGCCUUCAAAUUCCCCGAUCUUAACAUUUCUAAUGAAAUGCACAAUAUUCAAUUUCUUUAGAAAUGGGUGGAAUAUUUUUGAAACAGGAAGGAAAUUUCGCAACUUUCAGUGCCAUAGCAAAUCACGAACUGUGCUGUCAACAUGAACGAAAGCCCAACCGUACUAGAUGAUCGCUUAUCGGUAAGAAUGCCCUAUGAAAAACAAAAUAAAAAGACUACAAAUAAACUGUGACAUUCCUGCUUUUUAAAACUCUUCACAUUGAGCAUUUUACUCUGUGUUUUAUAUGUUACCACAUUCAUUGCAAAUAUUGAAAUGUCUCCUGCUGCCAGAAACUAUGAAUACCCAGUGUUGAACAUUGGAACCCUGGAAUGAUAUCAAGCUGACAGGAAGGCCAACUAAAACAAACAGGAUGUCUUUUUAGUGCAUGUUUAGACCAACUAAAUCUUUCGGGAAUCAUUUUUCCGUAAGUUAGUUAGUCAUUGCAUGUGUGCGCACGUGUGUUUGUGUGUGUGUUAACAUCCUAUAAGAGAGUGCUCAUUUCUCUUCUGUGCGUGCUACAUCUCUUAGCAUUGAAGAGCACAUUUCAUCUAUAUUUACUUCCAAAUGGUCUUUUAACUAGGUCAGCUAACUAACGGAAAUAGACUCCUCUACAAUUGUAAUCAGUCAUACCAUCUAGUGGUCAAAACUGGGAAAUGCAGGCUUGUCGAAUCCGAGCAUGAAACCAACUAUAUCUGAAAAGGGGGACGAAAAGAGGUUCUGAUUUUCCUUUUGCCUCCUUGAUUUAAUUCACAAACCCUUACACCUUUAUAAACAAGACACCUUUCCUCGGUUCCUCUCCAGCAUAUAUCAAAUAUGUCUGGCGUCACCGUGAUCAGAUCAGAUCAGCCUUAUAUGCAAGUCUAUCGGUGUGUCUCGACGAGUUUUCCAUGUGUCACUCUUUCAUGCGCUCACUCUGUUUCUGUCUGCCUCCCUCUCUCUAAUCUCUACUACUCACUUUCUCCCUCCCUCCGCCUUUAUCUCUCCCACAGUCCCCUCUCUGCCCUUCUCACUGUAACACCCUCCCACCCAGCCUCUCUCUCUCCCUCUCCCUCCCUUUCGUUCUCUUUCUCUGCUUGUAAGCGGUCUCUGGGCGUGCAGCCAGCUGGCAUGUGUGUGUUUUUUGAAUGAAUACCUGAUGAAGUUGGACGAGCGAACUGUGGGAGGGGCCCUGUGUGUGCUUGCGUGUGUGUGUGUGUGUGUGUGUGUGGGGCAGACAGUGUGAGAGCUCUGGCUCGCAUUCAGCCCCUUGCAUAAUACACGUUGGAGCUCUGCAUGCGGGACUCCCUCCCUGUGGGCGUGUGCUAGUGUGUGCUACCAGUUUUGUGUGUACGUUUGUGCGAGUGUGUGUGUGUGUGUGUGUGAGAGAGAUCACCUGAGUGCUGUAUUUCAGUGGUAGUGAGGGAGCUUCCUGCCUGCCAGAUUUAGUAGAAGGUUGCUGGCUCUGUGUGUGUGUGUCUGUGGUGUCUGUUUGGGGGGAGGGGGGGGGAGAAAGGCAGAUAGCAGUUUGUAGCACAAGUACACUGCUUGGGAUUUACCGCCUGAGAGAGAGAGAGCGUGAGAGAGGGAGAGAGAGACUCGGGGUGCUUUACAAGGGACACAGCAGAGCAGGAGAAGGGAGCAGUUAAGGGAGCAAAGGAAUGAGAGGGGGAGAGAAAGCAUGCUGCAGAAGUGGGCUACUCCUGCUACCCUGGAUUGUGCUGCGUGCGGGCAGACUUUCUUUCACAAGGAGAUGAUUCCUCAUGAAGUGCGACGCACUCGGCCCCCCAUCGUCCUCUGCGACAGCGGCAGGUGUGACGUUGUGACGCUCUCCACCUCCACGCUGAGCUCACCCAUCAGUCUCUAAAGAUCCCCGGACGGAACGGACCGCCCUUCCCCCUCCCCUUUUAACCACCCCUCCAUAUCGUCAUCCCCAUCUUUAAUCCUUCCUCACCUGCUUGUUAGGGCCUGGAUUUUCUUUGUCAAGAAAAGGCCUUGGGUGAAGUGGAUAGAGAGGGAAAAGAGACAAGAUUGGGGAAGUUUCAUUUUGUGGCUAAUUAAUGUGAAAUAAAGGACCGGACAUCAAAAAGUGAGAAAGCGAACAAAAGCGACAACGAAAGUGAAAGAACGAGGAAGCAAAAACAAGGAAAAAAAAGAAAGCUGUAGUCCAAAACUCGAGGAAGGAUAACGCAAGUAUAGUUGAGGGGCGUGAGGUGAAAUCAGCAUGAAGUCCAACCAGGAGCGCAGUAAUGAAUGUCUGCCCCCAAAGAAGAGGGAAAUCCCCUCUAGCACGCUACCAUCUGAAAAUCGCUCACCUAUCAUGCCACCUGCCACUGAGAGCCAGCGCUCAGAAAACAUGACCUGGCUCGCCAGUGUGGCUGGUGGGAACGAGAGCAGUGUGGGUGCGCACCGUAGCUCCAGUCACUCUGACGGAUCGCAGUAUAAAUCUCCCUCCUCCAUAUCAGACUCUUUGACCUCUGCGUCCUCACUGAGGGUGGUCUCAUCUCUUCCUACAGUGUACACAUCCCACCUGCCACAGACCACAGUUGGAGGAGCUGUCCAUUACACCCAUCUGCCUCACAAUAUGCAGUUUAUAGCCUCACCUUACACUGCCCCAUACAGUUACAUCCCCUCUCAAUUGCUUCCUCCUCCACCUCCUCCCCCCCUGUCCUCCUCUUCCUCGGCUGCACAGAGACCCUCACACACAGAGACGGCCUCUGCUCCUUCACAGGCCUCCAAGCAGGACCAGCAGCGAGCAUCCACAGGACGUACCUCCAUGCCUCCUCCUUCUACAGACCCUGUCCCUCACCAUGUUCAAAUAUCAACAUCCCCACGGACUGUGCCAUCAUCCCAUCACCAAGGAGGCACUCACCUUUCGCCCCACUCAAUGUACCCUCACCAUACUUUGGGACACAGCAUGUCUCAGGUGGUGGUGCAGUAUACAGAUGGACCCACCAGAAAAGAGCAAGGUGGCUCUCAGAGACCCAGAGAGCUCCACAAUGGAGAGCUGGAAAGGGGCCGGCGGUAUGCCACGCCACUCGAGUCUAACAUCUCCAAGUCAGGGAGCAAAUCACGGGAUGCCACAUCCUCUUUGUCUUCCUAUGAGGCUCGACAGAUGGUUCUGCCAACAGACUACUCUCCGCAUGAUCCAUCAGGGCUGAGAACCUCUGUCAUGUUAAUGCCCAACAGCCAUGGGGACCACCAGCUGGUACCACCCAGAGCCAGCCCUGAGAAGGUGACAACUUCAGCCCCUGCACACCUGGAGAAAAGUGGCAACAUCAUGGGCAAGCCUGUCAGUCGUGCUCCAUCCUUAUCCAGCACCACCUCCUCUUUCACAUUUCCACCCCCACUAAGUGUAGACAGCCUGAAAGCUGCUGUCAGCACACUGCCACCCCAGACCGUCAUCCAGACCACCCACAACGCCACAGAGCCACUCUCAAUGGGGCUCUCUUCCACCAGUAUCUACCCUCAGCAACCUAUUAUCGGCUAUAUUGCAGGAGGCAGUGGUAGCAGCUACCACACCAGCCUACAGCAACACUUACUCAUUCCAGGCCCCCAACCGGUCAUCAUCCCUGUCAGUGGAGGUGGAGUCACAACAUUGGAGCCUGUAACCUCCCAUGUUACAUCAUCUACCCAAGCUGCACCUUUUCCUACUACACUCCCACAUACGUACAUUGCCACCACCGCCCCCAAAGGAGAAACUCUGGAGACCCACAGUGGCUCAUUUCACCAGGAUGCCCCAGGUGCAGUGGUCCAAGCCCAGCUUCAUCUCCCCAUUGUUCCUGCUCCACCAGGGCUGGUGGCGACCUCCGCCGCACAUCCCCCCUCUAGUACGGUGCUGCCUCCCUCGCUCCCCCCAUAUUUCAUCAAAGGUUCCAUCAUCCAGUUGGCUGAUGGCGAGCUGAAACGUGUGGAGGAUCUGAAGACAGAGGACUUCAUCCAGAGUGCUGAGAUCAGCAGCGAGUUGAAGAUAGACUCGUCCACAGUGGAGCGCAUUGAGGGGAGCCACACCUCGCCCAACUUUGCUGUGGUUCAGUUCUCCGUUGGUGAACACCGUACACAGGUGAGCGUGGAGGUCUUGUUGGAAUACCCCUUCUUCGUCUUUGGCCAAGGCUGGUCUUCAUGCUGCCCGGACCGGACCACCCAGCUUCUGGAGCUGCCUUGUACCAAGCUUUCUGUAGGCGAUGUUUGUAUUUCACUCACGCUCAAGAACCUGAGGAACGGAUCUCUGAAGAAGACUCAACCCCUGGAGCCGGCCGCCCACGCCUCUGUCCCCUCCAGCCACGGACACCUCAAACCCCCUAGAGCUGUGUCGGACGCUCCUCAGAGCUGCAGUGGAGGAGGUCCCAGGCACAGAGAGCGGGAGAAUGGCAUCAGCCAGCGAGGGAGUGGGGAGAGUGGAAAUGGAGGUAGAGGGAUCUCCGGUGUGGAAAACGGGGAUCUCGUGUUUGGGGAAAGAGUUUCCAAAGGUCAGGUUGUCGGCAGUACAGAAGCUGGCUCUACUAAGCCAUCGGGAAGCAGGAAGCGCAGAUGGUCUGCGCCCGAGGGUCGAAAAGUAGAAAAAUCAGAGGAGGAACCACCUUUGACCCUUCCCAAACCUUCCUUCAUCCCUCAUGAGGUGAAAAUCAGCAUUGAAGGAAGGUCAAAUAUUGGCAAGUGAAGGCUAGCAGGACUGUUAACAACCCAUGAAAUAAAAAAAAAACACAGCUAAAAAGAUUCUACAAAAACCCCAUAAAUGUCCACGGUGAAGGUUCAUUUGUCGUGGUUUUGUUUUUUUGUUUAUUUUUAGUUCACAUCCUGUACUGUAGCGGUAACCUUACCCUACACCUUACAUUAAGUCCAUGUAGUUUAACACCUUUAUGUUUUUUUUAAAUAGAUUGAUUAAUUAUCACAUAAGCAAUCUGUGCAGUUUUGGUGAUUUUCAUGAGAAGAUUUCUGGUGAGGGAUUUCUGACCUGUGCGUUGAAUGUUUAUCGGUUGCUCUGUGGCACACGGGCGCAACAUUCGAUGGCUCUGCUUGGCCGGCGACACAUUACGCUGAAAUUUCCACCCUGAUUGGUUCGCAAUCGCACUCUGUGACAGUGAUGUUACCUGUGUACUCGGGCAGUAAGGCUGCCUGGAUUCGCCUCUGGUAAUAAUGAAGGAUUUGCGGGUAAAUCGUUAAAAAUUUUCACCUGCUAAAUCAGACCAGAAGUUAAUAUGAUCUGAUCGUCACUGUGUCAUCCGGGCCUGUGGCUGACCGGAACCAGAGGUCAUCGUGUCGAUGCCCGUGUGCUGCACACAGUUGUGAGGGAACAACACUUACUCUGCUCAGUUUGUAGACAGUGGAGUCUUUGCUUUCAUUUCAUUUUAGUGUUUUUCAUUUGACUUUUUUUCUUCUUUAACCCCUCAUCUCCCAUCUCACCACAUAGGUUUUACAUUUUUUUUCAAGAUUUUUUAAAACCUUAAUCAGGGGUCCUUUUUAAUAAUCAAUCGAUCGCGCCUAGGUGGGUCAAUGUUCAUGUGUCAAUAUGCGAGGCCCCUAACCUUAAGCAAAUGCAAACACACUGGGUUGGUGAACCCAGCGUGUUUGCACUCAAACGGAGUCUUCGCAUACGAUCCUAGCGGUUUUGUUUGAGUUUUAUUUAAUAAAUCACUUUAAUUUUUCUUUACAAAUCCUGAAAGGUCGCGUGAGGGGAAGCGAGAGAAUCUCCACGUUAGCUCUGAGAGGGUCAGGAUGUUUCAAAGCACUUAACACACCUGUCACUCUCAUCAUACAGCCAACAAAAAAAAACAACAAAAAAAUGAUGAUGUUGUGUGUUUAUUUACAAAGUACUGUAUGCUCUUAGAUUUUUUUCUUUCUUUUUUUAAAGACGAAGGCAGAAAGUAGCAGAAGCACUUUGUGAAAGGUAAAGAGGUUGUUAAGUAACGUGGGAGCAGAUGUGCCAUUAAAUCACAGAGCAAGGGACAAAUGUCAGAGCGAGAGGAGUUUCAGUUAGUAGGUUAGGGUAGGGGAAGUGAGAUGAAGCAGGAGGUAUCGCGGUUUUCGGCAUGUGCGCGGCAGGAAAGUAUCGGAACGUGUCUGGAAAGUUCGAUUAAGACGGGAAAAAAGAAACAAGUCUUUGAAAUAUCCUGCUCAAGAUCUGUUUUAGACUGAGAGCAACAAUCAGAAGCUCACACCCACAGACUUGUGAAGGUCAUCAUAUAUUUGUAAUAUGUGUGUGUAUGAUGCUGGUGUGUUUGCUCACACACACGCACGCGCUCAAACAGACACAAAAUAGUCUCCAAAACUCAAUACGUACUGUACUUGGCAAUCCAUAUUUAGACAGCUGCAGAGGCAAGCGUUUAUUUUGGUGCAUAUUGUCCCAACUGCAAAGACACUAGUGGACUGACGUUGGAUUAAUGCACGCGGCACUGCUACAGUGCAGCCGUGCAGAAAAAAGUGCUCUGAGCUGUGUUUGUGUAUGGGUGGGAGUUUGUAUAAGAGUGUGUGUGCACUGUGUAUAGGAAAAUGAUAUAAAGACAACGCUAAAUGUCCAGUGUUUCUACUUGGAGUCUUUAAUUAAGAGAAUCCUGCAAUUUGCACAUCAGGAGGAGGGAGUUCAGUCGAGACGCGAUUUUUAUUUUUUGUUUUAUUUUAUUUUUUUAAGGCCCUGUCCCAAAACUAGCCCUAGAGCCACAUGACACACUGGAGGAGAUCAGGGUUUUUGUUCCUAAACAGGCACUUACCACACUGUAGAGGAAACGUUUCUGAUCAACAGUUAUGGCAAACAUGUGCCUGCCUACUAAACUGAAUUAAAAGCCGACCAUUUCUCGGGUUGCUUAAGGAGAAUAUCUGCCCCUGCUGAUUAAACCAGGGUGCCCAGAGUGUAAAGGGGGGCUAGGGUUCGCUUUUGAACACGGCCUGUGCUCAGCCAGCCAAAACUCAUUUAUCCCUUAGAUAGCAGUUACCUCAACAGAUGUGCUUGCGUGGUCAGUCGGUCGAUCGUCCUCACGGAGUUUGGGGUUUUUCUCUAAUAUGAAACCACGAGCCUUCGGUGUAAUUGGCCAUCCUUGAUCAUUUGGCUGAUUCUUCUUCUUAAAAAACCCCAAAACAAAACUAAAAAUAAAAAAAACAAUUGGCCGGUUAGUUUUUUUUUUUUUUAAAUCUAUACCAUGUAACAUAGAGGUGCCAUACAACAUGUAAACAUAUCUCAGGUUUUGUGAGAUUAGCUUUGACAUGUUGCUGGCACAAUACUGUUGUUAGGGAGGCAGCGGCUUCCUGCAGGCAUGUCUGUUGAGCAUAUCUGUUCCUGCUCAGCCUGUAUUUAUGUUUUAUGGCUGUUGCUGCUUGCCUUUAGAAAAAGAAAAAAUAGAGGCGACAAUGUUUCAGGUGGUGGGAGUUUACCAGGGUGAUGGCAGGAUGGAUGUGUAUUCAGAUGGAUGAGGAAUGGGUGGAUUGGUGGUCGAAUGAGCAGACAGACUGAUAGUGAAGGCGAGCGAGUAAGAAGAGCCCCGAAUGAGAUUUGAAAAUGCUUUAUUUUUUAUAAUAAACAGGGUUCUCAGAUCGACACCCACACAGCAGCGCAUUUUCAUUUGGUCCUGUUCCUAUUGAAACAUCUGGUAGAAAUAGCAGUAGUUAUAUGUGUGUGCGCAUGGUUUGGAACCGCUGUGUGUGUGUGUGUGUGUGUGUGUGUGUGUGUGUGUGUGUGUGUGUGUGUGGCAGUGGUUUAUAAAUGUAUGUCUUCUUUCUACAUGUUUCUCCAACCCCCUUACCAACAAAAGGAAAAAUAGACAUCUGAACAAAACCGUCAGCCACUCAAACCAUUCAGACUCUUACUGUUGAUCAGGUAGAUUAUUAUUAAUAAUAAUAAUAAUAAGCCAAAGCCAAGCGACGCUGUGGUUGCUUUGGUUACUUUAGAAAGCAAUAGUUAAAAAGUAUUCAGGCAGUCUCCUUGUAUACGAGUGGAGCGCGCGCUCGGCGAGUCAUUCCACUCAAAAUCUCUGCAAUAAACAUUUUAAUAACAAUCCUCCAGCACGACAACCAAAAACAGUUCUUUUUGCCCAGAGAAGAAGUACAAUUUUCGUCUCAUAUUGCAAAAGGUUUGCAGACGUUAACACACCUGAACCCAGCUCGCUCCAGGUACCGCAGUUCCCCUCCUCAUGAAACUCAUUUGAAUCCUCAGAAACUGCAGUUGCAACACCAGUUGCUGAUCUUUCAGGGAAGUUUCUCAUAUAUGCAGUAACCCAACACAACCCCUGAAACCUCCUCUGUCCCUGCUGGUCAGUCACAAACACUGCUGUUACACUGUCAACGCUGAAGGCGAACCGACUCGGUGUGGCACGAAGCCAACCAGCAGACUUCUUUUUUUCCUCUUCGUUUUUUUGACUCCGCCAAGCUCUGCCUCUUUGCCACGACUCCCGUAGUGACCUCUUUAACUUUGUUUCAGGUACCCAAUCAUAGCCAGCCAGCCUCACGAGCACCUCCUUCUGAGGCAAAGCAAUCUGUUUAACCCUUAACGACAACCGUUCGCUACCUUUCAGUGUGGCCUGAUGCGGAUAUAGGAGGUCUGCCCUCCCAAUUACAUCAUCUUUUCAUAUUCGGUCUCCUGUUCACAGUCAGCUUAAAAAGGCCACUGAGUUUAUAUUUUACUAUAGAUGAUAACAUAAAUCAAUCAGCAAGGUUUUUUCUUUUUUUUUUUUUUCGAGGGUCUAGUGUAGUUAUCAUUUCCCAAGUCUUUCUUAAAUCCCAUUGAAAUGUACCACAAUGUGCAAUACUUUGAUUUUGUUUUCCCCCUCUUUACUGUGCCAAGUGUAUGUAGCAAAAGUUCGACUCCAGUGUCUGAUCCUCGUUAAAGGCUCGUGUAUUUCUUUUAAAUAUCUGUUGACGUGUGUGUCACAUCUGAGUCAGGAUGUUUGUGAGGAGAAACAGCAAAGCGUUUUUCCUGUUUUUCCUCUCCUUCCUCUCUUUCCUCUCCUUCCCUUUCGUCCUCGCGGCCUUCCUCAGUUGUGAGUCUGCACCGUGUGUCGUCGUGCGUGUAGGAUGUAUGCUUAUGUACAACUGGUGUUCAAACGUGUGUGAGUGUUUGUGUGUGUGUGGGGGGGCGGAGUGUUUUCUCCUCUAAUAGUCUGUGAGAUCAUAAACCCUGACCCUCGACGGUUCACGGUGAGACCCACAGGAAAAAGAAACCUCAUCGCUAGUGGGGACCACUUUUUUUUUUUGUAGAAAAAAAAGAGAAAAAAAAAGAAAAAGGAAAAAAAAAAGAUUCUAAACCAACCGAAAGAGAUGCACAUGUAUGUAGAUGUAAAAAGACUUGAUAAUGUUUCAGCACUUUCUAAUCCUGGGACGGGGCUCGGUCUAACCCCUCUCUUUCAGGCCGACGCCUGUCCCGGGGGUAACAUUCAUUCAAAACAGACAGAGAGAAUGAGAAAACAAACAAACAAAAACUAAACGGGGUGACUAUUGAUGAAUAAAAAGAGAGAGGGGGAGAGAUGGCUCAAGUUUGCACAUCACCUUGCCGUAACCUUGUGUUUUAUCUGUCUGUGCUCCAUCUCGCUUGGCGCCCGGCGCGUUCUUGGGUCCAACGGGCCGAGGUGUUAGGUGAUUCCUUGGUUCUUUUCUACUAGGAAAACCCCUUUCUCAUGGAAAGCGUCCCCUCUUUCGUUGCGUUCAUCUUUUCCAGCGCACACCGCCAACCUGCCUGAACGGAUAAAUUCGGUUUCUUGAUGUUCACGGCUUGGUUCGGUUGUGCGGUGCGGAAAGAGCGCGUGCAAACCUUUGCUUUGUUUGCAUUAUCUUUGGUGCAGGAGCUUUUUGUUGUUGUUGUUUUGUUUUUGGUCUCCUUGUAGCACUCAGUAUAAUGUCAGGGGACUUAAAACUAUGUAGAGAAUGUGUCAUUGUUGAGUUUUUCAAGACAAGCGUCCUCACUGGAGGAACAGUGCUAAUGUCAUUUUAUUUUAUUUUUUUUAAUUGGCUUCUUGCACAACUUGACAAAUAAAAUGAAUGUUGGUGAGUGAGCUUUGACUUUUUUUGAUCAGAAAAAAGGCAUGUGUGCUCUUUGUUUCUUAAUGUUUGUACUUUUAUUUUGCGUAAACAAAAAUGUGUUUUUUGGCACUUUUGUUGUGUUUUAAAAGUGAACAGAAUUCGAUCAGGAUUCCACUUUUUUCAUGAAUUUAUUUUUCUUUUCUUUUUUUUUUUGUAUGAUGUCUUGUCGAUGUCCAUAGCGCUGGAUAACCAACUCAGGCAGAAAGAAGAAAAAAAAGAAGUGUAGAGGCCCACUUAACAGUUAGUUUCACACCAGUCAAUUUGCAUAGUGGGCUUUUUGAUAUGGGUUAUAAGAUAUGUAAAUUUAUUACCUAUAAUUUGAUAUUUGAAUUGAUUUGAUUAACAAAUGUUCUUAUUGGAAAUUAACUAUAAAUUAUUAUGAUAUUAUGUGUAUUAUGCUGGAGAUGGCUUGGAUUACUCUUUAGUGUACUGAUCAUCUCUGGGCGGCCUCUCUGUGGAAGGCGAUAAAAACACUUCAGGACAGGCUGUGUGGUUCUUGACCUCUGACCCUGCCCACUGCCAGGGAGGGGGUGGAGUUGAUCUGUCAGCUGUGUCCUUCCUGUGAUCUGAACACUCAGCCCUGAGGCUAGCAACCUGUCUGUCAAGAUGUUUCUCAGUUAACCUGCGUCACCACGUACUAAAGUGAGACUUACUGGCCUGUGAGAUGGUGGCGGAGAACUGGACAUCAGCGCAGACCUGCAUGGACAGUCUGGCCUACAGGGGGGGCCACAGCAGUUCCCAGCCAACUUGUUUGUACUAUAUUGUACUCACCAAGUCCCUGUGUCUCACCACCCCAUUUCCUCUAUAGCAAUGGAGAAACCCUGUUGGUGUAUGUAUUUGACAUCUGUACAAACGCACCUCUUUGGAAAAACAAAAUGAAACCUUGACAUAUCUGGAACAAA